AUGGCACACCAUCAUUCCUUUUCGCCGCGGCUGAGUCCCGCUCUUGCUUCUACCUCGUCUCUCCACGAUAUGGCCCGCAACCGAAAACUCCGCCUUCUCGUCGCCGCCACUGGACCCCGCGAUACAUCCUGGGCGCAAGCACUCGUGGUGCGCCUCUCGAAAAAUCCACAGAUUGAAGCGCGAGCGAUCGUCGACGAUGUAGUCCCGCGAUUAACACAAACGAUUAUUGUUAUGCAGAACCGGGGAUUGGCGCUGGGAGCAGGCGAUCGGGCCGACGAUAUCGAAUUCUAUCGGCAACAGGCAUUCGAACUAGUAGAGUGGGCAGAUCUGAUGGUCUGCGUGCCACUUGAUGCGGACAGCAUCGCAAAGAUGCUGGCAGGCGUCACAGAUACAUUCCUCGGCGAAGUGCUCAGAGGAUGGGAUACACAAAAGAGCAUUGUCUUGGUCCCUGGCAUGAGCACACAUAUGUGGUCGAACCCAAUGACCAAGAAGCACUUGAGCAAAUUGCAUCGGAAAUGGAAUUGGAUACGUGUGGUGACGCCGAUAUUAUGGCAUUACGAAGGAUCGCCAAACCCGAAACGAGUACCUAACUGGAAUGGUUUUAACGAAGUGCUGGGCAUUAUAAAGAACCAAGCCGACUUAUUAGGACUGGGAAGAGAUGUUGAGGUCGCCACAGGAAUGGCAAUGACUGAUAAUGCGGACGUAACAGUUCAGUCCAAGCUACCGCCGGAAAUCUGGACUAUUAUCCUGGAUUAUGCAGGAGACUGGGAACUUGCGAAGGCCCUAGGAAUGUACACCAACCUACCGAUGCCCUCACCAUGGACAAGUCAGCCCAGAGACCGUAACGAUCCGUUGAAGGUGUACGAGCACGAGCUCGAGUGGACAGUACUGACUUGCAACUCCGCGGCGAUAUGUAAAAAGAUAUCACAAUCUCCACCAGAAUUUCACGAUAUAUCAGCACUGGUUAUCAAACUAGUGAUCAAAUUUGGUCUUAUUGACGUGUUGGCGUAUAUGGAAGCCAACCGACCAGAUCUUUUCAAAGCAUUUGAUGGAACGACGUUGCCAACUAAAGCCUCCGCUUAUUAUCCACGCACUGAUGUGCUGGACUAUUGGAAACAGAGUCCAUGGUUCAGAGACCGCCAUGUAUACGACGCAGAAGCUGUCGAUGGUGCCUCUAAGUUUGGGCAUGUUCGCGUUUUAGACUGGUGGUGGCGUCGGUCUGGAUUGAUGAUGCGAUAUACCGAGUCUGCGCUGGAGCAGGCUAGCGGGAAUGGACAUCUGUUGGUUCUCGAGUGGUGGCGCGAUGCAGCAGCACAGGACGACAAGGUCGUUCUACGACCGGGCCGGUCACUAUUAUGGGCAACACAACAUGGACAAGCUGAUGUGUUGCGGUGGUGGGACGCUUCAGGUAUCCCUGCUGCUCAUGGUGACAGCGUCGCCAAGAUGGCAAGCCGCUGGGGCCAAGUCGAGGUUUUAGAAACCUGGAGACGGCUGAAAGGAGAUGACAAGCUCGUGUUUGACGCCGAGGUUCUCGUUUCACCGACCAUAUUCAAACACUUAGCGGUGCUUGAGUGGUGGCGUAACUUUGCUCAUGGAGAGCUCGAGGGUAUGGAGGGUCGAAAGCAGAUGGUCGAAUUCCGGACGUGCAACAUCGAAGAGGCUCUUGAGGACAGCAUAGGAGACCAGAGUGCAGUUCGACGAUGGUGGACACAGAACGGGCUGAAUCUAGGACUGCGAGACGAAGAGUGGCUCAAGACACGGUAUCUUUAG